AUGGCACCACCAAAUCUUACCUUGAUAGCUGAUGUGGAUGGGAACAAAAUCCAAGCUACUGUCUCUAAAAGGAGCAUAUAUCGAUUCAAGAAUGUAUUAAAGGAUGGGAUGUCAUUUUACAUCAAUGAUCCAAACUUUGCAGCACUGAAGAGCGGUAGUUUUAAGUUAACUCCUCAUGAUCAAAAACUGACAUUAGUCCAACAAACUGUUGUUACGGAGUGUAGCGAUUUUUCUGGAUCUGAAUUUGGCUUUUCAUUCGUUGAUUAUCAAACUGUGUUAUCAUUUUCCCAUCCUCUAGAUACGUCUGUUGAUAUUAUGGGUUUGGUUAUCGCAAUUGCUGAACUACAACGAGAUGAUCCAGAUAAAACAAAACACAAGCUAAACAUACACAUCCAAGAUGCAAAAGGUUUGCAAAUUCGUGUCAAUUUGUGGGGCGAUUAUGCCUACAAGAUGCAAGAUUAUAUCCAUAACAAUCCAUAUAAUCGUCGUAUAGUUGUUAUUCUUCAGUUUGGUCAAAUUAAUGUCUGGAGAGAUCGUCCAAGUGUAAACACCUACUUUACCUCUUCGAAGUUGUUCAUUAACUCCGACAUACAUGAAGUUAAUGAUUUCAUCAAAAGUUUGGAUGGAGAUGAUCGUCCCGAUUCAUCUACAAAUACAUCUUCAGUUAUUAAAUCCAAUCAACUUUCUGAAUAUGAUGAUUUCAUUGUAAAAAAUAACUUGAAGGCUAUCGCUGAGGUUUUGGAACCCGUCGAGAAUCUUAAAUGGUAUUAUCUUGCAUGUACCAACUGUUUUGGAAAAGCAGUUCCAUCAGAUGAAGUUGAUUCUCAUCUAACCAAACCUUAUAAAUGUCAUAAUAAAAGUUGCACAAAAACUACCACCUCUCUCGUUCCAAGGUUUAUGAUUCCUAUAUGUGUGCAAGAUAAUACUGGAACUCUAAGCUUAACCAUGUUUGAGAGAGAAGGGAAGUAUUUGUUGAAACAAUCUGCGAAAGAGUUGCUUGGAGACAAUCUUGAUUUUUAUCCAGAGGAAGUUAAUGCUUUGAAAGGCACGGACGAUAAUAUAACCCCUUCCACUGUCGACAAAAACGAGACAACAAGUCCAAUGAAGAGUUUGACCACAACACCGGUCUUAAAGCGAAAUCUUGAAGAGGUUUUCGAUUUAGAGUUAAAUGAUCACUUAUCAUCAUCAAAAACUCCAAAAAUAUCUCCAGAUGGUCUAGGAAAACAGUUAUUGAAGGUAAAGUUGGAGAAAAAUGAUUGA